AUGAAUUGCGGUGUGUACAUUACGACUUUUGCGCUCUGCGCCAUGUACGGCGAAACGCUCCCGAGCACCAUCGAUUGUCGAAUUCUGCGGCAUGUCUUUGCUACGAUCCUUGCUAUUAAACAUGGACAAAAGAAUUCGGCUCCAGACGCUGUGAUCGACCUUGGCUCCGACGAACAGCCGGGCAGUAUGGCGCGACCACACGACAUGUUCGCCUACCCUGCCUUACUCGAAAGCAAGGAGGGACCUCUUUCCACCAGAAUCACAACACUUCAGACUUUCCGCUACAUUAUAGCCCGCAUUCAAGAUGACAUGGCGCGAAACGACACUAGUACAGCCCUGACCGAGCUGGCACGCUUAGUGCGCAAGUUUCGGUCUGAACUUGAGCAAAUGGAUGGGCAGAUGAAGCAGACCAAGAACAUCGUGGCCGAGGCAGACGCUAGGAUCUCAACUUCUCUGCAGCGACUGGACGAGGGUGUACGGUCACUCGUGCAAAGGAGUGUGGAUGCCAUCGAUGCCAUCCGACAGCAGGCGGCCAGCAUUAUGGAGCGAUGCGACCAAUUUCCGCAGGCCCAUUUGUGCAUCUCAAUUCCGAGGCGCAAACGCGGGAUGCUCGGAUGCCAUCAAGCAGACCAAGCGUGCGAACAGUGUCGAGGCGGCCUUUCGCAUCUUGUUGGAGGGCAAGGUGGGAUACAUCAAUUCCCUUCAUGA